AUGACCACCCAUCGUGUCUUGAUAUACUUGUUGCGACGAGACCUCCGACUUCCAGAUAAUCCCGUCUUUCACGAGAUACAUCAACUCUCCCAGCAGGCGCAAAAGACAUUCACUCACGUUCUCCCUGUAUAUGUUUUUGCCGCCCAGCAGGUCGAAGUCUCCGGAUUUGUCACCGAGCCUAGCUCCAAGUCGCCUUUCCCCGAGGCGCGUUCAGAGGUGGGAAAGUUCUGGAGAUGUGGCCCUCACAGGGCCAAAUUUCUCGCCGAAUCAAUUUGGGACCUAAAGUCUCAGCUCGAGGGGGUGGGUAGCGGUCUGUGUAUCCGCGUCGGCAUCUUAGGUCAGGUGGUGGAAGACAUCCUGGACCAGUUCCGUCAGGCAGACGAAGCAUCUGUCUCAGCACUAUGGAUGACAGAGGAGGAAGGUGUGGAGGAGAAGCGGGAGGAACGGGACGUACGCAAGGCUGCUGAGAAGUUUGGGAUCGGCUUCAGGUUAUGGCUGGAUGAGAAAUACUUCAUCGAUGACCGAGAUUUGCCGUUCGACAAGCCUUCUGAUCUUCCAGAUGUCUUCACCACCUACCGGAAGUCAGUAGAGCCGUUGAGGGAAGCGCCACGUAAAACACUACCCUCGCCGCCAUCAUUGCCUCCGUUGCCAACGUUAGUCCCGUUGCAGACCCCUCCAUUUUCGAUACCUGACACGUUCGAGAAGUUGGAAUCGGCCCUGAUGAAACCGCUGAUGGCCAACCCUCCGCUCUCCAAGCCACCUUGUUUUCCUGCUUCAGGAGUCGCUUCUGCUCAUCCUUUCCAUGGGGGCAAUACAGAAGGAGAAAAACGGGUAGAAUUCCUGGUGAAAUCGGGGCUCAUGACCAGAUACAAAGACACCCGCAACGGUCUGUUAGGGACGGAUUUCUCUACCAAACUUUCGGCUUGGCUGGCGCUCGGGUGUAUCACCGCCCGCCAAAUACACUCCCAGCUUUUCGAGUUUGAGGAAGGGAGGGAUGACCGAUAUCGGGCCGCAGAAGGAUAUGGGAAGGGGGAAAACCCCGGCACUGCUGCUGUACGAUUUGAGCUCUUAUGGCGAGACUACAUGAGGCUCUCUACACGAAAAUUUGGCUAUCGGUUGUUUCGGUUGGAAGGGUUCCGGAAUGAGCACUCUUUCGCGUGGAAGACACCUGGCAGCAAAGGCAGUGGCCCGGAAGUUGCAGAGAUGCUGGAUAGAUUUCUGCGCGGGACAACUGGGACAACCUUUAUCGAUGCAAGCCAACGCGAGCUCUUCCAUACGGGAUACACAAGCAACCGAGCUCGACAAAACGUGGCGAGCUUUUUAGCAAAGCACCUGGGCGUGAGCUGGAAAUUGGGGGCCGAGUGGUAUGAAUGCAUGCUGACGGACUACGAUGUCAGCUCCAACUGGGGCAACUGGCAAUACGUGGCUGGGGUGGGGAAUGACCCUCGUGGCGAAGCCAGAGUCUUCAACCCGAUCAAACAAGGCUGUGAUUACGAUCCCCGAGUGAGCAAAGAAAGGAGGGCCGAGUUGGGACUGAAUGGACUCGACAUGGUUGAGCGUCCGUUGAAGAGAAUCGAUUUUAAGGUCGGCGGCAAAGGCAGAGGCAGUGGGAGUGGCCGCGAGAUGACAGAUGCUGCUGAGCGCAAUCCUAUGGGAAUGGAGGUGGCAGCUUUCGGUCAGGAUGAAAGGCGAAGUCGGAUCAGCAGCAAAUUGGUGUCGCCAGCGUUGAUCAUCAUUCACCACAUGCUGGUGGAUGGGGAUUGUUGCUGGAUACUCCGAGGCUGGAAUGGAAACAUCAAUUGGACCGUCGGGGACAUUGACCAGUUGCUGGAUGGUUGGAAGGAAAGAAAGCAAGCGAGCAAGGACCGGGAGAUGGAACAGCCCGAAUGA